GUGAGCAGCAGGGGGCGCUCUUCUUCCUGAACACACGCAUGAGGAAGUGUGUAGUGAUGUGGACCGAGAAUCUACCUGGAGAAUAAACUGCGUUUAACUAACAGACAAUGUCGCUUUCAGUGGGAAAGCAGGAGAAAGAAGAGGAGAAACCAUCAGGACGACAAAGUCCUGAUGUAGACCGUCCAAACAUGUUCACAGUGAGGAUGGUGCUGGUGGGAAAAACCGGAGCUGGUAAAAGUUCCUCAGGAAACACUAUACUGGGCAGGAAAGCCUUCGGAGCUGUACAGAGUGGAUCAUCUGUAACUAAAGAGUGCUGGAAGGAGACUGGAGAAGUGGCUGGGAGGGAGAUGGUGCUGGUGGACACUCCUGGACUGUUUGACACACAACUUUCUGAGACAGAACUGACACAUGAGAUCAGUAAGUGCAUUAACAUGACAGCUCCUGGACCCCAUGCCAUCAUCCUGGUCAUUCAGCUUGGUCCCUUCACUGAGGAGGAACAUCUCGCAGUGGAGAAGAUCAGAGCACUUUUUAAUGAAGGAGCAGAUAAACACACCUUGGUCCUGUUUACUCAUGGUGAUGAUCUCAGCUGCACAAUUGAGGAGUAUCUCAGUACAGCCAACCAGCCCCUCAAAGAUCUGAUCCACAGAUGUGGACAAAGAUACCAUGUGUUUAACAAUAAAGCAGUGCAGAACCGCAUGCAGGUUCUAGAGUUCUUAAAGAAAGUAGAUGAGAUGAUUUCAGCAAAUAAUAAUGAGUUCUACACCAGUAAGAUGUACAGGGAUGCGGAGGAGAUGCUGAUGAUGAGAGAAAAUGAGCUGAGGAAGUUCUAUGAGCAGAAACUCCACGAGCAACAAAUGGAACUGAAGGCCAAGUUUGAGGAAGAAAAGAGGAAACUGCAGGAGAACAUUGAUGCCUUACAUGAAUCUGAUCGAGAAAAGGAGAAGAAAAUCAAAGAUCUGCAGUAUCAGGUCAACUGGAGCAGGAAAGUUCUGUUUGAAUACAGGAGAUAUUAUGAAGACCGACUGAAUGCAGUGAGACAGGAAGCAGAAGAAACUCAGACGUAUAAGGAAGAGCUGAAGAUCAUCAUAACAGCGAUCAAAAGCUGAAACAUAAAAUAAUCAGCUUUUUAUUUUCUAUUACAAUAUAAAUAAAUAAAUUCAGUGUGAAAGUAAAUCUUUUAUAAAGUGAAACCUACACGUUAAAAAUCUCAGCUUCACCUGGUAUCUGUCUCAGACUCAGACUCAGAAUCAGACUCAGAAUCAGACUCAGAAUCAGACUCAGACUCAGACUCAGACUCAGUCAGUGAGUUAUUGUGAUCAUUCAGAGCUGUGAUGGUGACCAGAGUGAAGGUGGUGGACAGUGGAGAGUGUUAGAGUGAGGAUGAGGAUGAGGAUGAGGAUGAGGAGCUCAUCAUGAACAUGACUGUAGUUAUUACACACUGCUUCUGCUGGUGGUCUCAGUAACCAGUUACUCAUUAUCUGUGAGUGAAUGUAUUGUUUUUAGCCUCUUCUGUGUGAACAUUAAAAGUGAUUUAUGAACAUUAA